AUGCAGUUCUCCCUCGCCACCGUCCUCCUUGGCUUCGCCGCCGCUGCCUGCGCCAGCGUCACCGACGUUGAGGGUAUCCGUAGCGCCCCGCGUGAUACCGUCUUGGUUGACCGCCAGGCCGGUAACGGCAACCGGCCCACUCCCAACGGCCAAUGCUGUGUUGCCAACACCAACCUGAAGGAGGACGCCUGCACCAUUAACGGAGCCCAAGGACGCUGUGUCCCCGGUGGCAACGAUUGCGGAGGCGCUCUUAGCUGCAUUGCCCAAGCCAACCUGGCUUGCGACAACAACAUCCAGGAGCGUGGCAAGAGUCUGUGCCGUGCCAAGGUUGGCAACGGCAAGUUCAUUGACGGAGCCAGGACCAUCAGCAACCUGAACCAGGCCAAGGUCAACUAA